UCGAACAAUAUGGGGUGUGGGUGCUCAGGAAAUGUGAAAGCUUCUCUUCCGGUCUCGGCCAGGAAAUAUCUCUGCAAACUAACAGGAUAUGAACAGGAUGAUCUUCAAAACGGGAUUUUGAUGCUAGAUAUGACAAAGAAUGAGGAUCAAGAAGUUCUGAAAUAAUCUAUCAGAUAUGAAAAUACCCAAAUUUGGAGCUAUAAAGCUUAAGAAUGUUAUUAAGGAGGACAUUAAACUGAUCAAUCAGGUUGCUGUAAACAGCAUUAAUUCAAAUUUGUACAUUUUCUCCUUGCGAGCUGUGCAAUCUAGGGUUCCUCUCGAUUCACGACCGAUUCUAAAGCUGGCGUCUCGAGUUACCCAAAGAUUCACCUUACGGAAUUGUAAGAUUGAAAAAGACUACAUCGCAAAGGUGAUAGAAGCAUGUUGUCAAGCAGAAAAAGUCUCAUUCCUAAACUGUGUAUACACUGGUGAAAGUGUCUUCGAUAUAAAGACAACUUUAAACUUCAGAAUCUCAACACUUUGUUUUCAUAAUAAAGAGAAGAAGGAGAAGUUCCAACUGGACGAUAUCAAAAAGCUUGCAAUUAAGAUGCAGGAUACAGGACUUGUAGAAAGCUUACAGACCUUUAGUGUCCACGACCCUAAUGAUAAGGUCAAGAUUCGAGCUAUUCUGAACGAUUUCGGCUUUGGUAAGGUCAAUAUUGAAGAAGUAUCUGAGAGUGAAUAA